UUCACUUGGAAGCACGUUUGUUUGUCGGUUUGAAAGAAAAUGAAUAUUACUUUUUGGAAAAGAUGCGAGAGUUUAGUUAAACAUGUUAACAUAUGUUGUCCAUUAGCGAACGUAUCUACAGGUUCUGUCCUGAGGAAGAGAGGACAAGAUGUGUUUAGACCCCCUCACACCGCCCCUGUGUCUUACAGUGUAAAAAGAUACUUCCACUUACAGUCUGUUUGUCUGGCCCACAGGGUAAAGGAGGCAGAUGAUCUUGCUGUUACACAAACAGAGUCUGUAAAGAAAACAGAAGGAAUUACUGAGGCUGUAAACAGUUGUAUUGAUUCUGAGGAUCUAGGAAGGCUAUUUGCUGUGGUUCAUUUGGCAGGGUUCCAGAGAAAGGUCACAGUGAAUGACCUUGUCGUCAUGGAGUCCAGCUCGUUCCCUACUGUCGGCACAAGAAUCAGACUGGAAAAGGUACUUCUGGUGGGCAGUAAAGAUUUCACACUGGUGGGGAGACCAAUCCUCAGUCGUUCUGUGGUUAACAUUGAGGCCACUGUUAUAGAGAAGACACUGUCGCCGAUGGUGAUUUCUUUCCUACUUGUCCGCAGAAAACGAGUCCGGAAAACAAAGAUGCAAAAAAAUCAGCAGACAGUUUUACUGAUCAAUUCUAUAGAAGUGAACCCCAUCAAAAAUUAACACCAAAUUCUGCUGCCAGUGAUAGACAUUGUAAAGCACCUGCUGAGGCCUACAGCACAGAUAGAAAGCAAAGUAUGAAUAGUUUGCUCUUUGCUUGUGUUCCAUUUUGACACUAUGUGAAUGUUUUAUGUAUAUGGAUUUAGCAUGAGAAGGAAUGGUUAUUCAGCAAUGUUAUAGCUCCAGUAUCAGGUUAUUAAAAGAACAAAAAAUAUUUGUCUUUUGUGUACAAGUUGGUCAUUAAAAUAUUUGUUUCCAGCAUAACUGACUAUUUUGACCUAGUUUUUUUUUGUAUGAAAUGUGUAUCAUUUAUUUAUCUUUUUUUUGUAAAUAAAAUAAUGACUAAGAUAA